CGCUGACGCAGGAAGAAAAGCAGAGCGAAAAUGGAUCCUAUCCACAUUGACUUACAGUUUACUUAUUUUUUCCUUCAAUUAUUUGUAUAAAUCCUGAAUAAAUACAGGUCAUUGACACUGUUCUACUAUUACGUGGAAAACUUUUAUUUCGAAAAUUCAGAAAUUCUGAGAUCCGGAAGUACUUUUUAGUGUUGUUGCGGAGACGCUGAUAAAAAUAUGCCAUGUUUUUAAUUGCUUCCUGAUAGUUGUGGUAAAUAACGUGGUUAAACUACUUAUAGAUUAGCGGUUAGAUAUCGAUUUUUACAUAAACUCAACAGAAAUGUAAUUUAUUUUCUACGCUGCUGAUUCAGAUAACAGUGCGUUAGCUACAUGCUAUUUAACUUGAGAUAAGACUCGGCGUUGUCACUCCAUGCCAUUCAUCUCAUUGUUGAAACGAGAUACAUCGUGCCACGUAACGUAGCUACCGGUGCUAAUAUUUAUUGCAGACCAAUGGAGGACGACAAAUCGCCAACACGUUUCGUCUACUGUAACCGAGAUUUUGCUGACCAUGUUUGCUGGUCUGGAUGUGGUGACCGAACUGCCUCGAUGUCUAAAUUUGACACGACAAUUCAAGCCGGAUGGACUGACAGGAUGGAGAGGGGGCUGUUCCGUUAUCACCUGGGCGACUUGGAGACAAGAAUUUUACCUGGUCCGGCUCGGUAUGUGGCCCAACUGAAUAUUCAAAGAGGGAUAGAGCGAAGACAGCCUCAGGAAAUAUUAAGCAUCAAACAAAACUUUGACACCAAGCAGUUCAACUUCAACAAAAUCAAUCCAGAGGAAGUCAUUUUUGAGAUGAGUAAGCAAAUUGAGCCUACGUCGCAACCCAAAGGUGGGGGCCCCUGUAAAGAAAAUAGACACCCACGUGAUGAACUCUGUAGAAUUAUGGUGAUGGUCAAUGUUAGCCCAUUGGAAUUUGGUCACUGUUUAUUAGUUCCAGAGCCCACCCAGUGUUCACCACAGGUCCUGACCCCCGCUGCCAUCCAAAUCGGAAUCGAAUCUGUGCUGCUGAGUUCUGACCCGGGCUUCCGGGUGGGAUUCAAUAGUCUUGGUGCGUUUGCAUCUGUCAAUCAUCUCCACCUUCAUGGAUACUACAUGAAGCAGGAGCUAAACUUAGAAACUGCUUCAACCCAACCCUUAGUGCCGGAAAAGGGAUUUUACCGUCUGAGAGACUUCCCCAUCGGCUUUAUGUUCUACACUGAAAUGGAUGACCUUGAGAAAGUUGUCUGUGCCAUUAGUCAGGUCACAAACUCAUUGGUGGAGAGGAACAAGGCACACAACCUGUUUUUCACUCGAGGCUGCCCACCUGGGAAGUCUGAUGUGCGUGCCAGGCGUGGUGUGCGCAUUGUCGUGUGGCCUAGGAGGUCCUGCUUUGGUGCCAAAGAUGAAUCUGCUUUCAAUGUGGCUCUGUGUGAGCUGGCUGGACAUUUACCAUUCAAGAACAGACAUGACUUUGAACACAGCACUGAAAAAGAUGUGAUGGCCAUCAUUCAGAGGUAUCUGCUGCCUGACCAACAGUUUCUUCAGUUGGAACAGCAACUUACUGCAUAUUUACAGAAAGACAUUUAAGCCUGAUUUACCUGGAAGUGAACAAUUGGGUUUAUUAUAUUUAAUGGGCAUUAAAGUAUAACUCAACAAAUCUCAACUGAAUAAAACAUACUUGAAAUCGCAGUAAAAAAAAAAAUCAUUUUUCAGAUGUAUUACCACAAACACUGGCGUAACGCAGUUUCUCUGUUUUUAGAAUGUACAACUGUCCUGUAUAGGAUACCUGAACCUUCAUGACAGGAGCGGUCCUCCGAACCCAAAUAAUAUGCGCCUUUGUGCAUACAUUUAUUUUGUCCCCCAACAUCAAACUCGAUCACGACACGCAGGUUAAAAUAUCAAAACAAACUGAACCAAUUACAUUAAUUUGGGGACAGGUCGAAAAGCAUUAAACCUUUAUGGCAAUUUCGCUAGCUAGCUAGCCAAUUUGUCAUAUUUAGCUAGCUUGCUGUUGCUAGCUAAUUUGUCCAGGGAUAUAAACAUUGCGUUGUUAUUUUACCAGAAAUGCACAAGGUCCUCUACUCUGCCAAUUGAUCUACACAUAAAGCGGUCAACCGAAUCGUUUCUAGUCAUCUCUCCUUCCAGGCUUUUUCUUCUCUUGACUUUAUAUUGCGAUUGGCAAAUUUCAUAAAUUAGGUGCAUUACCCCCACUGCCCUCGUUCGUCUUUGUCACCCACGUGGGUGGGUACCUGCUUCUAUAAACCAAUGAGGAGAUGGGAGAGGCAGGACUUGCAGCGUGAUCUGCGUCACAAAUAGAACUGACUUCUAUUUUAGCCCUUGGCAACGCAGGUGAUAAGUGAAUAAUAUAGAUUUCUAAAUGUAUUUUGCAACGAGACGCAAGCGGUGUGGUCAGCCUGUUAGCUUCCAAGUACAUAUGGAAAUUAAAAAGGUUUAUGUAUUAAUGGCU